AUUCAGGCUUUAAUGAUCAGAUUCUUAUUUCUAGUAUUUUAUUAGUAUUUUCUCUUUUUGACUGAAACUGUUACAGAUUUCUUUUAUUUUAUUAUUUCUGGUCUAUACAUUAAGAGAGGUGAUUGUCCCGGUGUGAUGGCCGCUAACCGGGUGGGCCGGCGGGUGAACCGGGUGUGCAGCAGCCAGUCACCGAGCCGGGCCGGCGGCGGCGGGCGCGAGCCCCGCAGGAACGCACGAGUCACCGUGAAGUACAACCGCAAAGAGCUGCAGAGGAGACUCGAUGUGGAGAAAUGGAUAGACAGCGGGCUGGAUGAGCUGUACCGGGGCAGGGAGGAGGAGAUGCCAGAGGAAGUGAACAUCGAUGAUCUUCUGGACCUGAAGACGACUGAGGAGAGACGACAGAGACUGCAGGAGAUUCUUCACUCCUGUAACAACAACACACAGGUCUUCAUCGGUGACUUACUUGUAAAGCUCGAGGGUUUACAGAAGCAGGAGGAUCUGCACAACGAUGGCAUCGACCUCCCUCAGCUCCACAUCUACCCCACCCGCCCCGGAUCAGCCGACAGGGAGGUGCUGCACUGAGACAGUGAACGUUACCUGCAACAUCUCCAACCGGAUGGGGCUGAACUAAAAAACAAACACACCUAAUGUCUGCAUCCAUCUAACCUGUCCAGAGGUUAUUCCCAACAUCAGUCACUAAGUUGAUCGCUAAAGCCUCCACCUGUUCUCUGGACCUCAUGCCCUCAACCUUGGUCGUGGCAUACCUACGUACCCUCAACCCCAUCAAGGUGGACAUUGUCAACUCAAUGGCCACAGUCAUCCCUCACCUCAAAAAGCCUCGCCAACUACCAGUCGAUCUCCAACCUUCAAUUUUCUCGGCAAAAUCUUGGAAAGAGCAGUUGCCACCCGACUCUGUCAGCACAUGUCCAACCAUUAGCUCUGAAACUUCAGAGUAACACCGCAGAGCAGAGAUCUUCAUCGAAAUCACCAGUGAGCUCUUCAUCGCUGCUGAUUCUGGCCGCAUCAGUAUUCGUCUCCUCCUGGACUUCUCUGCAGUCUCCAACAUCAUCCUCCUCAAACACUUAUCCAACUAUUCAGGCCUCACUGGUACAGAUCUCUCCUGCUUAGAGACCCAGAGAGUCAUAUCUCACCAUCAGAGACUCUAGUUCCACCCUGGUCCCAGUUAACCAAGGUGUACCCCAAGGUUCUGUGCUUCAACCACUCCUCUUUAAUCUACUUAGUAAAAUAAUCCGCUAUCAUGAUCAAAGCCUCCACUGCUACGCUGAUGACACACCGCUGUAUCUCAGCACUGAACCAUCCACUCAGCUUCCUCCACAGUCCUUAAUGAACUGCCUAAACAAAAUGAAAAUCUGGAUGUCAUCCGAUCUUCAAGGUUCAAUAGCAACAAAUUAGUACUCAUGCUGCUCAUGUGCUGCUCCAGAAGGUCUGAGAACUGGUCCUGCUCUAUCUGCUUAAUCCAAGUCCUCAAACCUGGAUGUCAUUCUGGACUCCACCUGCUUACUAAAGUCACUCAUCAAAUCCAUCACCAAAAUCCACCUCCUACCACCUCAAAGACAUCCCAGACUUUGUGGCAGAGACCCACAUCCAUGCUUUCAUCACUUACUCAGCCCUGGUAGCUCAUCACCCCCAUCCUCAUCCACCUUCACUGGCUCCUUGGUCAAGUCCUGCAUCUCCUUCAAAUUCCUCCUCCUCACCUACAAAUCCUAUCAGACCUCCCCCGCCCCAUAACCUGAACUUUCUGUCGACAAUCCUGGAUCUUUUUUAAAAAACUCCUGAAAACGUACCUGUUCAACCCGAGGUCUAUCUAAUUAAUUCUGUCAUUCUCCAACAAUCUGUACUGUUAUUAUUUCUUUUCUUUCUUUUUUUUGUCUGCUUCAGUAUGUGUGAAGUGUGCUUGGGUCUCUUGAAAGGCUCUAUAUGA